AUGGAGAAAGAAAACAGCACACUGGUGACAGAGUUCAUCUUCCUUGGUCUGACCCAGUCUCCAAACAUUCAGCUUCUAGUCUUUGUGUUGAUCUUAACUUUCUACCUCAUCAUCCUCCCUGGAAACUUCCUUAUCAUCCUUACCAUCAACUUAGACCCUGGCCUCUCUGCCCCCCUCUACUUCUUUCUGGGCAACUUGGCCUUCCUGGAUGCAUCCUACUCCUUCAUUGUGGCUCCCAGGAUGCUGGUGGACUUCCUCUCUGAGAAGAAGGUAAUCUCUUACAGAGGCUGCAUCACUCAGCUCUUUUUCUUGCAUUUCCUUGGAGGCGGGGAGGGUUUACUCCUUGUUGUGAUGGCCUUUGACCGCUAUAUCGCCAUCUGUCGGCCUUUGUACUACUCCACUGUCAUGAACCCUAGAACCUGCUAUGUCUUGCUGUUGGCUCUGUGGUUUGGAGGCUUUAUCCACUCCAUUAUUCAGGUGGUGCUCAUUCUCCGUUUGCCCUUCUGUGGCCCAAAUCAGCUGGAUAACUUCUUCUGUGACGUGCCACAGGUCAUCAAGCUGGCCUGCACAGACACCUUCACUGUGGAGCUCCUGAUGGUCUUCAACAGUGGCCUCCUCACCCUCCUGUGCUUCCUGGGGCUUUUGGCCUCCUAUGCGGUCAUCUUCUGCCACGUCCGGGGGUCUGCGUCUGAAGGGAAGACCAAGGCCAUGUCCACAUGUACUACCCACGUCAUUAUUAUAUUUCUCAUGUUUGGACCUGCCAUUUUCAUCUACACUCGCCCCUUCAGAGCCUUACCAGCUGACAAGGUGGUCUCCUUUUUCCACACAGUCAUCUUUCCAUUGAUGAACCCUGUGAUUUACACCCUUCGCAAUCAGGAAGUAAAAUCUUCCAUGAGGAGGUUACUGAGUAGGCAUGUGGCUUGUUGA